CCAAUCAACCCCGGGUCUGCGGCCCGCGUACUGCCGCUGUUUACUGCCGCCGCCGCCGGCGGCCUCGGCCUCGGUCUCGGUCUCGCUUUCUCAGUCGCCGCGGGGAGUUUGCCCGGCCAGGCAGGCUCUCGCGCAACGCAAGGCAGGCAAAUCUACCCCGCUGGCUGCUCGGGCUCGGGCGCAGCGGGCCGCCCCACCUCACCUCCCUCGCCGCCUCCUGGCUAGCUAGCCUUCAUCAUUCCUUGCUUCCUCCCUCCCCUCCCCUCCCCUCCCCUCCCUCGGUCUCCUUCGCCCCUUCCCCUCCCCUUCCCUUCCCCUUCACGAGAUCCCCAUCCGGGCAUCCCCACCUCUGACCGCGACCACCUCCCAUGCCGCACUAGCCCGCUCGCCCGCCCACUCCGCACCCAGCCAGCGCCCGCCGCGCAGCGAGAUCCAGCGCCGCCGCCGUCCCACGCAGGUGCUCGGCGGAAUGUCCCACCGCCCGCCGGCGCCAAUGCCGGACACCCUCUCGGACGCCUUCGCCGCCGCGGUGCUCCUCUCCUCCACCGACAAGCCGGACACGCUUCCCCCAGGGAGGCUCUCUCCCGUCUCCCCGCUCCCGCACUCCUCCUCCAAGCACCACCACCCGACCCCGAGCUCCUCCUCUGGCUCCUCCGGCUCCGUCUCCCGGGCCCCGCUCGCGCCCGCCUCCGGCCUCGCCUCGCGCCGGAGCCACUCGGGCGAGAUCCCGCUCCCUUCCGACGCGCCGCCACGCGGGGCCGCGCGCCCGGGCCACCGACGCACCGGCUCUGGGCCCCUCAUCUUCACAUCAGGCGCCAGCGCGUGCUCCAGCUCCGCCACCUCGCCGCUCACCAACGCGCUCCCGGCAGGCAACAUCUGCCCCUCCGGUCGCCUCGCCAAGCCGCUCCCUUCCUCCUCGUCCUCCUCCGCCGCCACACCGCCGCCCCCGCCCCCGCCCCGCGCCUCCCGCCAUGACGUGCUCGGCUCCGGCACCGCCAACUACGGCCACGGGAGCAUCGUCCGCUCCCGCGCUGGCGCCGUCGGCGUCGGUGGCGUCACCGACGAUGACGCGGUCCUCAGGCGCGCCAUGUCGGCUGCCGACCCCGAGGAGGUCAAGAGGGCUGGGAACGACCAGUACAGGAAAGGCUGCUUCGAGGAGGCUCUCAGGCUCUACGACCGCGCCCUCGCCCUGUGCCCCGACAAUGCCGCGUGCCGGGGCAACCGCGCCGCCGCUCUCAUUGGCCUCCGCCGCCUUGGCGAGGCCGUCAAGGAGUGCGAGGAGGCGCUCCGGAUUGAUCCGUCCUACGGCCGCGCGCACCACCGCCUCGCGUCCCUGCAUAUAAGGCUAGGACACAUUGAGGAUGCUCUGAAGCACCUGUCACUUGCAACCCCACAGCCUGACCUCCUAGAGUUGCACAAAUUGCAAACAGUGGAGAAGCACUUGGGGAGAUGUCUGGAUGCGCGAAAGGCCGGGGACUGGAAGAGUGUGCUAAGGGAAAGUGAUGCUGCUAUUGCGGCUGGAGCUGACUCCUCUGCUCUGAUUUUGGCUGCUAGAGCAGAAGCCCUUCUCCGUCUCAAUUUACUUGAUGAGGCUGAUAUUGCAAUCUCUAGUGCCUCAAAAUUGGAUUAUACAUCUUCAUGCUCCUCAGACGCCAAAUUUUGUGGGUUUCUUGCCAAUGCCUACCUCUUUUAUGUACAUGCCCAAGUUGACAUGGCAUUAGGAAGGUUUGACCAUGCGGUCUCCUCCAUAGAUAAGGCUAGAAUAAUAGAUCAAGGGAAUACUGAAGUGGUAACCAUGCAUAACAGAGUGAAAUCUGUGGCCAGAGCACGCUCUCUAGGGAACGAGCUCUUCAAUUCUGGAAAAUUUUCAGAAGCUUGCCUUGCUUAUGGUGAAGGGCUCAAACAACACCCUGUGAAUAAAGUCCUGUACUGUAAUAGGGCAGCUUGUAGGUUCAAGCUUGAGCAGUGGGAGAAGUCAAUUGAAGACUGUAAUGAAGCUCUCAAGAUUCAUCCCAAUUAUACCAAGGCUUUGCUCAGGAGAGCAGCAUCCUAUGGCAAGAUGGAGCGAUGGGCAGAAUCCGUGAAGGAUUAUGAGAUUCUCAGAAAAGAACUUCCAGGUGACACGGAGGUUGCUGAGGCCUAUUUCCACGCCCAAGUUGCUCUCAAGUCAUCUCGUGGUGAGGAGGUAUCCAACUUGAAGUUUGGCGGAGAGGUUGAAGCGAUUAUAGGAAUGGAACAAUUCCAGAUGGCUACAUCUUUGCCGGGUGUUUCAGUUAUCCAUUUCAUGACGCCUUCAAAUCAGCAGUGCUGUAAGAUUUCCCCAUUUGUGAACACACUGUGUACGAGAUACCCAUCUGUUAAUUUCCUCAAGGUUGAUGUGAACGAGAGCCCUGCCGUUGCACGCGCCGAAAAUGUGAGGACAAUUCCGACAUUCAAAAUCUACAAAAAUGGUAUGAGAGUCAAAGAGAUGAUCUGCCCCAGCCAACAGCUGCUGGAAUAUUCAGUGAGGCAUUAUGGGAUUUAGGCCAUGAAGCCGAUGAUUUGAUGUUUCCUUCUGCCUCCAGCUUCUGGAGCGAGCACAGGCUUAGCCGGAGCAGAAUCAGUCAAGUUCAUCUUGAUAAGGGCAAGCGUGAAAAUUGAAAUGCGAAGAGCAACUCUUCCCCGGCAUUUUCCACCCCCAUUCUCCAUUUGUUGAUUACCUACUCAAUUUAUUCUUUUAAUCUGUCUCGUCCGUACAUCAUUGUUGAAAAUUUCUUUUAGAACAAAAAACAUCUCCUGAUUCAUGUGAAGAAUGACUGUAAAUUUUUACUUCCAUGUUUACCAGACAACUAAGGAAAGAAAGGUAUAGAUUGCAUUUUGUAAUCUCUAAAGUCAGUUAUGCAUACGGAAGCUAGGCUUCCUUUGUUUU